AUUAUUUUUUGUAAAGUAAUAAAGUAUAAUAUUUUGUUAUCAUGGAAAGUGGAAAUAUGGAUCAGUAUUUUAAGAGUUAUGAAGAACUUGAUGUGCAUCAAUUAAUGUUAAAUGACAAGUCACGAACUCUUACUUACAAGAAUGCAAUUAUUAAUUCUAAACAAUUAUUUGAGAACAAAAUUGUUAUGGAUGUUGGAGCUGGAACAGGAAUAUUGUCAAUUUUCUGUACACAAGCGGGUGCACAAAAAGUAUAUGCAGUUGAAGCAAGUGAUUUAGUUAAACUUACUGAAGAGGUUGUAACGGAGAACAAAUUGAAUGAUAAAAUUACUGUGAUCCAUAGUAAAGUGGAGGACAUUGAUGCGAAUAAUGUUGGUAAAGUUGAUGUAAUAAUCUCAGAGUGGAUGGGCUUUUAUUUAUUACAUGAAGGAAUGUUGGACUCUGUUAUUUUUGCAAGAGAUAAUUUUCUAAAAGAAGAUGGCAUUCUUUUUCCAUCUGUUGCUAAACUAUAUGCAUCACCGUGUCAACUGCCAUCAAUGUAUAGCUUUUGGGAUGAUAUUUAUGGAGUCAGUAUGAAAUGCAUUGGACAGAGAUACAGAGAAAUGAAAUCGAUAAAACCAGAAAUAUUAUUUGUAGAUGAAAAAGAUCUUUUGGCAGAGGGAAAGUUGUUGGCAUGGUUAAAUUUACAGUGUAUUGGCAUUGAAGAAUUAGAUCUGCUUGGAGGAGAAGAUUAUGUUUUCGUUUGUAACAAAGAUGGAAAGUAUCAAGGAAUUUGUAUUUGGUUUGAUAUCGAGUUUCCGGGUGGUUUGGAAUUAUCCACGAGUCCUCUUAGUGAAGCUACUCACUGGAAACAAACUGCUAUUGUUUUGCCUGCAGACGUAGACGUAGCGAAAUACGAACCUGUCGCAUUUAAAUUGGAGCUGAAAAGAAAUUCUAUUAAACCUAGACAGUACAACAUGGAGCUAGAGCUGUUGGAUGCUUCAGAAGUGGAUCAUGAUUUUCCUUGUAAUUGUUAUAUGACAAAAUGCAUUGUGAUGAAAACAUACUUAUAUGAGCAAACAGAUGAUAAUGAAACAAACGAGUGAUUUUCUUACGCUUAUAUUGUAAAAAUGCAUUUGUCUACAAUGCUUUAACAGUACCUGUGAUAGAAAGUCUUUAUAAAGUGUAUUAAUAUUUGUUCUGGAAGGUUUUUAAUAAAGUAUAAGAAUUUGCACAUG